AUGGAUUGAUGAAAUUUUUCAAGAAAACAAAAAAACUCGACUAAAAUUUUUUAUUGGUAUCUAACUAAAAAUAUGAAUUGUUUUCUUUAUGAAACUUUAGAAACAUCUAAAUCAUGCUAACAUUAUGCACCUUUAUAUACAGUUAAAAAAAUUGGCAUCGAAAUUUCCAUAUUUGAAAUUAAUAUAAAGUAAACUAGUCCAUUUAAGCAAAUUGCAUUAAUUCUUAUAUCACUUUGGAAAUAUUAUUUUACAAUUCAAUAGAAAUUUGAUCAAUAUACGUAAUAUAUUAGAAAUUAAUUUGUUUAUAGUUAAAAGUUUUAACGAGGGUAAAAAUUCCAUUUUAUGUUUAUAUUUUGAUGAAUUCUAUCUUAUAGCAAUUAAGUAA